AAUCACGGACGUCCGUCGACGGGCAGCUUAAGAGGCAGUCGCGCGCUUGCUUUCCCAAGAUGGCGGCGGGCAAGGAUGGUUGCGCCUCAGCAGAUGCGGCCGCAGGGAACGGGCGGCGGCUCCACUUAGGAAUUCCUGAGGCGGUGUUUGUGGAAGAUGUAGAUUUCUUCAUGAAACAGCCUGGAAAUGAGACUGCAGAUACAGUACUAAAGAAGCUGGAUGAACAGUACCAGAAGUAUAAGUUUAUGGAACUCAACCUUGCACAAAAGAAAAGGAGGCUAAAAGGCCAGAUUCCUGAAAUUAAGCAGACUUUACAAAUUCUAAAAUACAUGCAGAAGAAAAAAGAGUCUACCAAUUCACUGGAGACCAGAUUCUUAUUGGCAGAUAACCUAUAUUGCAAAGCUUCAGUUCCUCCUACUGAUAAAGUGUGUCUGUGGUUGGGGGCUAACGUAAUGCUGGAAUAUGAUAUUGAUGAAGCUCAGGCAUUGUUGGAAAAGAAUUUAUCGACUGCCACAAAAAAUCUUGAUUCUCUUGAGGAAGACCUUGACUUUCUUCGAGAUCAAUUUACUACAACAGAAGUUAUUAUUACGAAAAUAUAUUGAAAAGUACAAGAGCUGAUGUAAAAUGAUAAUCAAGGAUCCAAGUACCAAGGGAUUAAAGUAACUGAAGGACAAGAGGCCAUCUAGGAAAGUCAUCCAGUGUGUGUGGUGACAAGUCACAGCUUCAGAAAUAUUUUGGGGUGAUUUCCUACCCAUUUUGUUUUGUAAAUGACUUUCCUUCAUAACAAAAUUUUCUUAGACUAAUUUCAAAAUUAAUUCUUCAAGUAGGUCAUUUUUUAUAAACCACAGGAUAACGUAUUGGUACAACUUUUUUCUUUUUAAAAUGGUCAGGGAUUGAUGGAGUGGGAAUGACAAAUGUACAUUUCAGACUUCUCAUCACCAAUGAAACAAUCAUUUUUAUAGAAGACUGUCAGUGCACGUAAGAUUUUGGUGAAGGAAAAUUUAAAAUACCUCUAUAAUAAUACAAUGUUAAUAUAAAUUGGCCAGAGACAGGUCAUUUUAGUGAGCUACCAUCAUUUAAAUAUAAGAAAAGUUAAUUUCUUGGUCCAAUUAAUGAAAACCUUAAAAAGAUUGUCUCUAUAGAACACUAUUUGAGAAUAAUGCUUUUUCAGACACAUUCUGAUAUUCAAGUUCAUUUUAUAACACAAUUGUAGAUUAACCUUUUAAUUACAACUUUCUUAAAAAGCUGUCAGAUUUCCAUUUCUUAGGGAGACAUUUUCACCAGUGUGUUGUUCAAUUCCGCAGGUUAAGCUUUCUUCAGUAUUAAGAACUUCAUACAUGCUAGAGAGAUUGCCACUCAUUGCUUUGUCAUCUUUUUGAAAAGACACAGGCAGAUUUGCUAGACUAAUGCUGAUGUCUUUAAAGGCAUGCAACAAAAAUAUUCCCAGAAUGAUUGUAAAGAAGCCACUCAAAGUACCGAUGACAUCAUCAACAGGCAUAUCUUGCCACUCCUUAAAAAGAAUAGCUAAACAAGUUAAAACUGAUGUUGUAAAGAAUAUGUAACAUAUUGGAGUCACGAUGGAAGUGUUGAAUAUAUCAAGGGCCCUGUUCAGGUAAUUAAUCUGUGUACUCACACAGACUAUAAGGCUCAGCAGCAGAAUCUAGGCCAAGGGAUGUCGGAGCACAGGCUUUCCAGCAAACAGCUCUUUGAUAGCAAUGCCCAGGCCCUUAACACAGGAGACUGAAAAUGCUGCAAUUACAGAGCAGAAUGUCACAUACACAAGAAUGUUUGUCCAUGGCGAGGUCCCACCACAAAGAUUAGUAUCAAGGACACAAUGACCACAAGUGUUGCAAAGACCACAAAACCUCGGUCCCCUAGCUUGUGCACUAUUAUAUUUAAAGUCACAACCUCCUCUUUUAGAGCGUGAAUAACCAUAACUGUAGAUCCUAGAAUGCUCAGGAGACAUCCAGUCUUCCCAUGGAGAUUA